CAGAGAUCGCGCAUGCGCUCAGUGGACAAAAGGCUCUGGAGGAUCGUAGGAGGUACGAGUGGGCAUCUGGGUGGGGUUCAUCAGCAUCCGCGGCCGCACCCUGACUGACGGACAACUGCUACAGGUUCUGGACAGACCCCGCGGCUCUUAGUCCAAUGAGUUUUCUCCUGAGUAGCGAUGUUGGUGGCGCCAUUUCAGUAGCGCAUGCGCAUCGUUGGGGCCGCGGCAGAUGAGUCGGGCACUGAACAACACACACAAUACUGGAUAACUCAGCAGGGCAGACAGCAUCUGUGGAAAAGAGUAAACAGUCGACGUUUCGGGCCAAGACUGGAAAAAAAGGUUAGAAACGGCAAAGAAUUUGUGUACGGAAAUCUCAGACAAAGCAACAUGUCAUUUCUGGAGUGUUUUUAGUUUACCAGCACUUGAAUAUCACCGAUUCUUGAAAGUGGAAGAGGAGAUGCUUAAGAAGAGAGCACACCAGUCAUAGAAAGGAGAACCUGAGUAUGUGAUCAGUAUAGUGGUGAGGUUUGAAUGCACUCACCUGUUUUGAACAUUUUAAAUAGUCUUCAAGUUAUUGGAGGAGUGACCAGAUGUUUCCUGUGUAACACCAAUAUAUCUGUUGUUGAUCCUUGGAGAUGAAGAAAUAUCCCAUCCCAGCUGGAAAUGUAUUUUGUGUCUGAAAUUAAGUUUUCUGUUGUAACUCAGUGAAAUCCACUGGAACUGAGGUGCUGAGAACACACCAGCAUUUGUUCACUUCAGAUCAGUUCUCCAACUGCAUUGACUGUGCAAGGGAUUUACUAUGUCAUACACCUGACUUGAUGAAUUGCUAGAGAAUCGAUAGCAGGGAGAUAUUCUCCUCAUAAUGUGGAAAGAAAUUCACUCAGUCAGCAGACCUGCAGGCACACCAGUGACUUCACCGUGGGGAGAGGCCAUUCACCUACUCUGUGUCUAGGAGUGGUUCUACUCUGUCAUCCAAGCAGCUGAAGAUACAUCAGAAAAUUCACAGUGAGAGGCUGUUCACCUGUUCUGUGUGUGGGAAGAAUCACUCACUCAGCCCACUUAGACACACCAGUGAAUUUGAAAGGGGAGAGACCAUUCAACUGUUCCGUGUGUGGAAAGAGAUUGACUUAGCCAUCUGAUCUGCUGAUGAGACUGUUCACCUGCUCAGACUGUGGGAGGGGAUUCAUUCAGUCAUGUCACCUACAGACACACCAGUGAUUUUACUUGCUCAGAAUGUGGGAAGUGAUUCACUCAGACAUCUGAUCUGCUGACUGACUAGUGAGUUCACACUGGGGUGAGGCCAUUCACCUGCUCAAACUAGAAGGAGAUUCACUCAGUCAUCUGACCUAUUGACAUACUAGUCAGUUCACACCAGGGAGAUGUCGUUCACCUGCUCAGACUGUGGGAAGGGAUUUACUCUGUCAUCCCACCGAGCAACACACCAGCGAGUUCACACUGAGCAGACUCCAUCAACCUGUUCCAUAUGUGGGAAGCAAUUCACUCAGUUAUGCAACCAAAAAGCACACCAAUCAGAUCACACUGGGAAGAGACCUUUCAUCUGUUCAGACUGUGGGAAGGCAUUCACUCGGUCAUCCUACCUGCAGACACACCAGCGAGUUCACACUGGGGAGAGGCCAUUCACCUGCUCAGACUGUGGGAAGGGAUUCACUCGGUCAUCCCACCUGCAGACACACCAGCGAGUUCACACUGGGGAGAGGCCGUUCACUUGCUUAGACUGUGGGAAGGGAUUCACUCGGUCAUCUGACCUAUUGGCACAUCAGUCAAUUCACACUGGGGAGAAGCCAUUCACCUGCUCAGACUGUGGGAAGGCAUUCACUCGGUUAUUUCACCUGCAGACGCACCAGAGAAUUCACACUGGGGAGAGGCCAUUCACCUGCUCAGACUGUGGGAAGGGAUUCACUCGGUCUUCUCAACUCAAGGAACAUAAACAAAUUCACACUGGGGAGAGGCCGUUCACCUGCUCAGACUGUGGCAAGGGAUUUCCUCGGUCAUUUCAACUGAAGGUACACCAGCGAGUUCACACUGGGGAGAGGCCAUUCAUCUGCUCAGAUUGUGGGAAGGGAUUCACUCAAUCAUCUCAACUGAAGGUACAUCAGCGAAUUCACACUGGGGAGAGGCCAUUCAUCUGCUCAGACUGUGGGAAGGGAUUCACUCGGUCAUCCCACUUACAGACACACCAGUCAAUUCACACUGGGGAGAUGCCAUUCGUCUGUUCAGAUUGUGGGAAGAGGUUUCCUCGGUCAUUUCAACUGAAAGUACACCAGCGAGUUCACACUGGAGAGAGGCCAUUCAUCUGCUUAGACUGUGGGAAGGGAUUCACUCAGUCAUCUCAACUGAAGGUACAUCAACGAAUUCACACUGGGGAGAGGCCGUUCAUCUGCUCAGACUGUGGGAAGGGAUUCACUCGGUCAUCUCAUCUAUUGGUACACCAGUCAGUUCACAUUGGGGAGAGGCCGUUCACCUGCUCAGACUGUGGGAAGGCAUUCACUCGGUUAUCCCACCUACAGACACACCAGCAAGUUCACACUGGGGAGAGGCCAUUCACCUGCUCAGAAUGUGGGAAGGGAUUCACUCGGUCUUCUGACCUACUGGCACACCAGUUAGUUCACACUGGGGAGAGGCCGUUCACCUGCCCAGACUGUGGGAAGGCAUUCACUCGUUCAUUCCACCUGCAGACACACCAGCGAGUUCACACUGGGGAGAGGCCUUUCAUCUGCUCAGACUGUGGGAAGGCAUUCACUCAGUCAUCUCAGCUGAAGGAACAUAAGCAAGUUCACACUGGGGAAAGGCCAUUCACCUGCUCAGACUGCGGCAAGGGAUUCACUCGGUCAUCUCACCUACUGGCACACCAGUCAGUUCACACUGGGGAGAGGCCGUACACCUGCUCAGACUGUGGGAAGGGAUUUCCUCAGUCAUCUCACCUACGGGCACACCAGUCAGUUCACACUGGAAUGAGGCCAUUUACUUGCUUAGAUUGUGGGAGGAGAUUCAGUCAGUCAUCUCAACUGAAGCUGCAUCAGCGAGUUCACACUGGAGAGAGGCCGUUCAUCUGCUCUGAGUGUGGGAAAGGAUUCACUCGGUCAUCUCACCUAUUGGCACACCAGUCAGUUCACACUGGGGAGAAACCAUACACCUGCACAGUCUGUGGGAAGGGAUUCACUCAGUCAUUUCAGCUGAAGGUACAUCAGCGAGUUCACACUGGGGAGAGGCCAUUCACCUGCUCUGAAUGUGGAAAGGGAUUCACUCGGUCUUCCCACCUUAUGACACACUACCAAGUUCACACUGGGGAAAAGGUUUAAAUAAUUUGCAUGUUGAUAUUUAAUCAUAACAGUUGCUGAAUGCAGAGGCAAGUUCAAUGUGACUGUUGGUGUCUAACUGCAAUUUUUGCUGCUGUUCAUCAUGCCCAUUUCUGCACCCUGGUUACUGUGCAUGGGAGGAGCUUCUGCUGAUGUUCACCUUUAACGGGACUGGAGUUUAAUAUUUUAGAUCUGUGACAAAUAAAUUGGUUCUAUUUUAAACUCUG